CGGGCUGGGAGGGAAAGCAGCCUUUGAGGAGAAAAGCAAAUCUCUCCCCUCAACUGUUUACCCUGACGUCAGUUUGCUGAAGUAGCUGUGGGCCGUCUCGGUGCCUGUUCUCUCAAACUGCGUGUCUGUCUCACCGUCAUCCGGGGGAAUAGAUGAGCUCGACUCUCGAAAGUUUUCUCGCGUGGAUCUCAUGGAGGGGAUGAAAUGAUCUUUGUGGCGCAUUUAAAAGUGGACUAAAAACAGCUUUUACGAUGAACACCUGCGCCUUUCUACUGAUUCUUACCGUCCAGAUCUACGCCGAUGGCAUCGAGGGGCCAACAGCUGCAGGCUGCACAUUUGAAGAGGAUUCAGAUCCUAGUCUGUGUGACUUCACACAGGGUGAAGAAGAUGACUUUGACUGGCAGUUGUUUCGGAUGCACAAUUCCCCGUCCGCCAGCUCGGACCUCCUGCGUGGAUCUUACAUGUUGGUGAACUCCUCCCAGCAUGCAGUGGGCCACUGUGCACAGCUUCUGCUGCAGAGUCUGAGUGAGAAUGACACACACUGCGUCCAGUUCAGCUACUUCCUGUACAGCCGCGAUGGCCACAGUCCUGGGGCCUUGAAUGUGUACGUGCGGGUCAACGGUGGUCCGCUGGGUAGCCCAGUAUGGAACACAUCUGGAUCACAUGGGAAGCAGUGGCAUCAGGUGGAGCUUGCUGUGAGCACCUUCUGGCCUAAUGAAUAUCAGAUACUGAUUGAAGCAACCAUUUCCAGGGAGAGGCAAGGGUACAUUGCCAUCGAUGACAUCAUGGUGCUCAACUAUCCCUGCUAUAAGGCUCCGCAUUUCUCCAGGCUUGGAGACGAGGAGGUCAACGCUGGACAAAAUGCCACUUUCCAAUGUGUUGCUGCUGGAAAGGCAGCCGAGGCUGAAAAAUUCCUACUGGAGAGACACAAUGGGGAGAUUUUAACAUCAGCAUCGAUCAAGCACCUGAGUCACCGCCGCUUUGUGGUAUCGUUCCAGCUAGACAGCGUUCAGAGGUCGGAUCAAGACCUUUACCGUUGCGUCACCCAGUCUCCCAGGGGAUCGGGGGUCUCCAACUUUGCUGAACUCAUUGUCAAAGUACCACCAUCCCCUAUCGCGCCACCUCAGCUGCUGCGCGCCGGCUCCACUUACCUAAUCAUCCAGCUCAACACCAAUUCUAUCCUGGGAGAUGGGCCCAUUAUUAGGAAGGAGAUUGAGUACCGUGCCAGCCAGUCUCCAUGGUCUGAGGUGCAUGGAGUCAACAUGGUAACCUACAAGCUGUGGCACCUGGAUCCAGACACAGAGUACCACAUCAGUGUGCUGUUGACCCGGCCUGGAGAAGGAGGCACGGGCCCCCCUGGACCUCCACUAGUGAGCAGGACCAAGUGUGCAGAGCCAAUGCGUGCACUGCGGGGCCUCACGGCCACAGAUAUCCAGCCCAGGCAGUUGUCUUUGCUGUGGGAGAACCUGGCGUUCAACGUGACACGCUGCCACACAUACUCAGUGUCCCUAUGCUACCGCUACACCAUGGCGGGCGGCGGCGGCGGCCACAACACCACCGUGCGAGAAUGCCUGGCCGUGGAGCACAACACCUCACGCUUCACACUGCGUGAUCUGCCGCCCUACCACGGCAUCCAUGUCCGUCUGUCACUGGUCAACCCUGAGGGCAAGAAAGAGGGCAGAGAGGUCACCUUCCAGACUGAAGAAGACAUCCCAGGAGGCAUUGCACCAGAGUCACUCACCUUCACCCCGCUGGAUGACAUGAUCUUCCUCAAGUGGGAGGAGCCUCUGGAGCCCAAUGGCCUUAUCACUCAGUAUGAGAUUAGUUAUCAGAGCAUUGAGUCAUCUGACCCUGGCAUCAACGUCCCAGGACCCAGAAGAACCGUGUCCAAGCUAAAGAAUGAGACCUACCACAUGUUCUCCAGCCUCCACCCUGGAACUACAUACUUGAUCUCGGUGCGAGCCCGCACAGGGAAGGGCUUCGGCCAGACUGCCCUCACUGAAAUCACCACGAACAUCUCAGCGCCCACAUUUGAUUAUGGCGAUAUGCCCUCCCCCUUGAGUGAGACUGAGAGCACAAUAACUGUCCUGCUACGCCCCGCCCAAGGCAGAGGAGCACCUGUCAGCACAUACCAGGUGGUUGUACAGGAGGAGACAGGGAAAAAAGUAAAACGGGAGCUGGGGCUUCAAGAGUGUUUUCCACUACCGAUGUCCCAUGGCGAGGCCUUGGCCAGGGGCACCCCGCACUACUACACUGCUGAGCUGCCACCCAGCAGCCUGCCAGAGGCCAGUCCCUUCACUGUGGGUGAUAAUCACACUUACAACGGCUACUGGAACACCCCUUUGGACCCUCGUAAAAGCUACCUUGUCUACUUCCAGGCAAUGAGCAACUUCAGAGGGGAGUCCAGAAUAAACUGCAUCCGCAUUGCCCGUAAAGCCGCCUGCAAAGAUCACCGCAAGGCUUUGGAGGUGUCGCAACACUCAGAGGAGAUGGGGCUGAUUCUCGGGGUGUGUGCCGGUGGCUUGGUGGUGCUCAUCCUCCUGCUGGGCGCUGUCAUCAUUAUCAUAAAGAAAGGAAGGAACUACUACUCUUAUUAUCCGAAACCUGUGAACAUGAAUAAGACACCCAUUACUUACCGUCAGGAGAAGAGCCAUAUGGGCUCCAUGGAGCGCAGUUUUACGGACCAGAGCACCCUACAAGAGGAUGAGAGGAUGGCCCUUUCCUUCAUGGACGCGCACACCUGCGGCACUCGCAGUGAUCCUCGCAGUUCGGUGAACGAGGCCAGCAGCCUGCUAGGAGGUUCCCCGAGGCACCCGUGUGGACGCAAAGGCUCCCCCUAUCACACGGGGCAGCUCCACCCUGCCGUCCGAGUGGCCGACCUGCUCCAGCACAUCAACCAGAUGAAGACAGCUGAGGGCUACGGCUUCAAACAGGAAUAUGAGAGCUUCUUUGAUGGCUGGGACUGCACAAAGAAGAAAGACAAAACCAAAGGGAGGCAUGACACCUUAUUGGGAUACGAUCGCCACCGAGUCAAGCUCAACCCACUUCUGGGAGACCCUAAUUCCGACUACAUCAACGCCAACUACAUUGAUAUUCGGAUUAACAGGGAAGGCUACCAUCGAUCCAACCACUUCAUCGCCACUCAGGGACCUAAGCAGGAGACGCUGUAUGAUUUCUGGAGGAUGGUGUGGCAGGAGAAUUGUUUCAGCAUCGUCAUGAUCACCAAACUGGUUGAAGUUGGCAGGGUGAAAUGCUGUAAAUACUGGCCUGACGACAGCGAGAUGUACGGCGACAUUAAAAUCACCCUGCUUAAAACAGAGACGCUUGCUGAAUAUACAGUCCGCACUUUUGCCUUGGAGAGGAGAGGAUACUCAACCAAGCAUGAGGUCCGUCAGUUCCACUUCACAUCCUGGCCUGAGCACGGGGUGCCCUAUCACGCCACUGGACUGUUGGCCUUUAUACGAAGAGUAAAAGCCUCUACGCCUCCCGAUGCUGGCCCCGUGGUGGUCCACUGCAGCGCGGGGGCAGGCCGCACGGGCUGCUACAUUGUCCUAGACGUCAUGUUGGACAUGGCUGAGUGUGAAGGUGUGGUGGACAUCUACAACUGUGUCAAAACCCUCUGCUCCCGUCGUAUCAACAUGAUCCAGACAGAGGAGCAGUAUAUUUUCAUUCAUGAUGCCAUUUUGGAAGCAUGUCUAUGUGGCGAGACAGCCAUCUUGGUGAACGAGUUCUCCGUUGCCUACAGAGAGAUGUUGAGAGUGGAUUCCCAGAGUAAUUCCUCCCAGCUCCGUGAAGAAUUUCAGACGCUAAAUUCUGUGACUCCCCACGUGGAUGUCGAGGAGUGCAGCAUCGCUCUGUUGCCCAGAAACCGAGAGAAGAACCGCAGUAUGGAUGUUCUUCCACCUGAUCGGGCCCUGGCCUUCCUUGUAACAACAGAGGGGGAGAGCAACAACUACAUCAAUGCCGCUCUGGCUGACAGCUUCCACCAGCAAGCUGCCUUCAUUGUGACCCCACACCCUCUGCCCGGCACCACGGCGGACUUCUGGAGGCUGGUCUUCGACUAUGGCUGCACAGCUGUGGUCAUGCUCAACCAACUGAAUCAGUCCAACUCAGCCUGGCCGUGUGUUCAGUACUGGCCAGAGCCUGGUCUUCAGCAGUAUGGGCCCAUGGAAGUGGAGUUUCUCUCCAUGUCAGCUGAUGAAGAUGUCAUUACGCGCCUGUUUCGGGUCAAGAACGUCACAAGGCUCCAAGAGGGUCAGUUGGUGGUGUGUCAGUUCCAGUUCCUGCGCUGGUCGCCGUAUCGUGAUGUUCCUGACUCCAAGAAGGCAUUCCUCAACCUGCUGGCUCAAGUGCACAAGUGGCAAAGAGAGUGCGGAGAAGGACGCACCGUGGUCCACUGCCUUAAUGGCGGCGGUCGCAGUGGAACCUUCUGUGCCUGCAACAUUCUCCUGGAGAUGAUCCAGUACCAGAACAUGGUGGAUAUCUUCUACGCAGUCAAAACAUUACGCAACUGCAAACCCAACAUGGUGGAAUCCCUGGACCAGUAUCGAUUCUGCUAUGACCUCAUCUUGGAGUACUUGGACUGCUUUGAGGGGAGAUAGCAACUAGAUGCAGCACAAGUAUGCCGGCUGCUUGAUUUAAAGCCUCCUAGAGGCUCUCGACUUCGCUGCUUGGACUUAUGCUAUUGGAAGGAACUAAAUCAGAAAAAGAAUGAAAACAACCUGGUUGAAAAUUUGAACCUUUAAUGUACAGCUGUGAUUUCCGUGUGUGGUGAUGUUUUAUCAUUUUUUAUUUUUGUGCUUUUCUUGGUCAUUUUUGCCUCCGUACUUAAUGCUCUUGUAGCCAGAAGAAGAAGAAGAAUGAUGUUAUAAGCUACAAAAAUGGACUUAUUUUAUUUUGAAGAGGGGCUACCUUGGCUGUGAUUUAGUGUUUCAUUCAAUGAGGAAAGAACACCAGUUUUCUUUAUCUCUCAGCAGUCCACUGUGGAUGUGGCAUGACUUAUCUAGCAAACCAUAAACUGCCUUAUUCUCUGACAAUAAGACGCCAAUCCCAAGACUACAAGUGGACAGACCAGGCCAGUCCUGCAGACAUUAUCCAGCAGAGCCAUGUCCUGUAUUUUGCCAAAUUUUUGUCGGACAUGGGCUACAGGUGAUCUUUUUUUGGAAUGCCACAGGAGAUUCCUGUCACAUAUUACUGUCACAGUGCCAAUUCCGAUGACUGACUUUAAGAUACUCUCUUUACUUUGUGCUUAUUCAGUAUGCCUACACCCACUAUGUACUCCCUCCAAAGUGAUUGUAUCUUGUAUCCAAUGGGAAAGAAAAAGGAGCACAAAAUGUGUUGAGGAGCCAACUACGGUGCUGGAGCGGUAUGAAAAAAAUCUGCUUCAUUAUUUUAUAAAAAUUGGACUCUUUUCUUUGUUUAUGACUGGAUUGUUGGCAAAUGUGGCAUGAAGGUUCAUUGUUGUCCUUUGUGGUUAAAAGUGAGUUUAAAUAAGAAAUAUCAUAACAUAGAAAGUGUAAAUUAGAUUAUGAAUAAAUACACAGCGGAAUCCUGUCAGGAGCAAUUGGUUAGGCCUACGUGACGAAUUUAGAACUUGAGACGGCUCGCAUACAUCCUAUUCAACAACUUUAAAAGUUGCUGUGGUUCCUUGUGUGCCCUUUUUAUCUAACACUCUCUGUUAAAAACAGAAACAGACAAAAUGAGACCAAGUAUAUCAUAAAUUCUCAUUUACACCAUAGUAUAAAUAAGUUUAUACAAGCGCUAACACUGAAUAAACAGUUAGCAUUAACGAUGCUAGCUAUUCAAUGUCAUCUCUUCGCUGUCUAAUUACUUUUGAAUUGUUAGUAAAAACUGGCUAUCGUUCAGUAAAAUGCUCUUUAACACAAUUUUAAAGUUAGUUCCACCAUGAAAUCCAUCGAAAUAGUGGCGGCCAUUGGAUGUUGAUGCAAAACUAGUGUUCCUUCUCUUUUCACCUACAGUAUGUAAAGCCAGCUGUUUCCAUGUUAAAUGCCUAUAUAAUGUUUGGGAAUGAAUGUAAAUCCCUCUGUUGAAGAAGGAGACCAGACCCAUCAGUGAAAGCAUAAAAUGAGAAUAUCACACCGAAGUCUCGAUACAGUCGCAUCUCUGGUAAUGUUAGCCAAGUGCCAUUCGAGCGGUGGUGAAAAGUCACUGGUAGAUGUUGAGCCACACAUCUGUACGGCAUGAUCCGUGUCAGCUUGAAAACAUCCGUAACACGCACAUUGUUCAUGUCCUCAGUUUUCCAAAUAAUUAGUUCUUGGUAGAAAUUGUCUUUUAUCUGUUAUCAGCCAUUAUCGUCAUCCAUUAUCGGCAUUACAAAGUACUCGGGAAUUUCCCCCGGCACGACAUAAAGUGCAGGUUUUCAAAGAAAGGUGCUGAUGAUAUCAUUUGUGGACUCGCUCUAAUAGACCUCCUGAAAAGCACUGAAGCUGACAAAUGGCAGCUAUGUGAGCAUUUUGCGGCAGAACGGAAGAGAAAAAUAACAGUUCCGUACAUCAUCAUGCUCCCAGAGAAUGACCAGGUGGAACAUAUUCUUUAUGAUGUAGGAAGAAGAAUGAGGUAGCUACUGUUUAGCCGGUGAUACCAUUGCUGGAGUCGAACAGGAAGUGCCUGAAUUUCAGGAGGGAAUGUGUAUAUACAGCUGUACAUUGUUAUGUGAAUACUUUGUGAAUAAUAUACUAUGUUUGCCCAAUAGUGACUACACCAUAACCACGAAGCUGAAUGUGCUGUAAAUGAACAUUUUGUGAGUUAUUUGGCAGUUUUAACAUCAACGUCCGAACGGUGCAGCAUGUUUGACUUCAUAUCUGUCGCGUCAUUUCACAAAGACCCCCGAUUUCAAGCACCCUUGUGUUUUUCAACAGCUACACCAUGUGAGUGCACUGUACUUUUACCAUUCCGAAGCUUUUUAGUAUGUGACUGCGCGCCGACACAACAGUUGUGUUGACUUCACUUGUUUCUGUAUGCACAAAUGACUACUGUGUUUCUGAGCAUUGUGUAUGUGUGUAUUUACAUAGCUGGGGAUGGUUUUGUUCUGAAGGAGGAUUAACAAUAAAAGAACAAGGUGAGGGAAAAGGGCUGGUGCCAACUCGAUCAUUGUGUCCGAUUCAGUUGGGGGGGGGAAGAAAAGAAGAGAACCGGACAUACUUCCUGUGGUUAGUCUUUGACUCCCUGAGGUUUCUCCUCUACACAUAUGGAUCACAUGUCAACCUUCCCAUCUUUUUAACCAAGAGCAAAAGUGGGGAGACAAUACAUGCUGUUCUGAUAGUGUGCUGGUUGGUUUACAGAAAAUGAAACAGGGCCAAAGAAGCCCCCAUUACAUUUUGCGGGGAUCUUGUUUAAGG